AUGUGCACACUGUACUUAUCGCACGACAGAGCAGACGACUCCCGUCAAGAGCAUGAGGUCCAAGUACAGCGUGUCUACAGGCCGAUCUUACCUGCAAUCGCUAUGAAUAUGCCCCGCUGCCUGCUCUCGACAGCUCGGAGGAUUUUCCGAAUGGCAGCUCGAAAUCCUAAGCGCUGUCGUCAGAUCAGCGGAAGUAGCCGUGAGCACAGGAGGCUGAAGUGUGACUCUAAGCUUCGUUGCCGUGCCAACGGAACACACUUUACUCCUCAUCGUCCGGCGUGCUCUCUGCCGUCCCCGAGCCCAUGGGCUUCGUAA